ACUAACAUCAAUUUUUUGCCGCCUUGACGUCAAUUUGUAGCCGUAACUUUCCGUCAAGUUGCAGUAAAUUGCCUUUCUGGUAAAAUGACAGCUUAUAUCCAUUUCUAUUUCAUAGUUGGUCUGUUUUGGUCACUGUAGACUUCUGCCCGCCAUCUUGAAAUGUUUUUAAGUUUAGUAAAUGUAUAUAUUUAUAUUCAAUCCAAGUAUCAAUAAAUUGAUUUAAUUAACAUAAUUAAUUAUAACUGAACUGAGUAAUUAACUUAAAAUAUAUAUAAACUAUACACAUAUAUUCUAUUUUAAUCACAAUAAAUGUUUUAUAAAUAGAAAUUUAAAAUUAACCAAUAAAGUUUAAUAGACUAUAACUUAUUUGUACAUACAUAUAUAUAAACAUAUACAUACAUAUACAAAUAUCUAUAUGUAUGGAAUACUUUGUAUGUAAAUAUAUUUUAAAUAAUAAAUUUCUAAAAAUGUCGAUGAAAUUUAAGUUUUGUUGAAUUACUGAGUUGUAAUUUUGUAUAUCGCGUAUAUUGGAGUGACAAAAUGAUGAAAGGGUGGACCUGACUUUAAAUGUAAUAUUAAAUACUGUGAUUAUUGAUAAUUUUACAUUUAUUGUAAGAUAACAUCUGAUAAUUUAGUAAAAAUGGGCAAACAAAAUGGGUCAUGUUGGUGGUGCGUUAAAGCAUUUAAAUGGGUACCAGUCAUAUUUAUUCUUACAAUUGUGUUCUGGUCUUACUAUGCAUAUGUAGUACAGUUAUGCUACUAUACUAUCGACAGCUAUAUUCAAAAAACUUUCUAUUUGAUAUUUUUCCAUGUAUUUUUCGCCAUGUUUUUAUGGUCUUAUUGGAAAACAGUCUUUACAGAUUUAAUUUCUGUUCCCGAAGUGUUCAAAGUUCCUCUAUCAGAAGUGGAAAAGUUGCAACAAGCACAAAGUGAAGAAGCGCAGUGUGCAAUACUCGAAAGAAUCGGACAAAAUUUGCCGGUUACUAAUCGAACAAUCAGAGGAGCAAUUCGGUUUUGUGAUAAAUGCCAGUUAAUAAAACCCGAUCGUGCUCAUCAUUGCAGCGUAUGCCGCGCAUGUGUACUAAAGAUGGAUCAUCAUUGUCCUUGGGUUAAUAAUUGCGUUGCUUACCACAACUAUAAAUUUUUCAUAUUAUUUUUGGGAUAUGCAUUAAUUUAUUGUGUCUUCAUCGCCAGUACGACUUUACAAUAUUUUAUUCAUUUUUGGAAGGGUGAAUUAGAUGGCAUGGGAAAGUUCCAUAUAUUAUUUUUAUUCUUCAUCGCACUGAUGUUUGCAGUCAGUUUAAAUUCUUUGUUCUUUUAUCAUUGUUACCUGAUUUUACACAACAGAUCAACGUUAGAGGCAUUUAGACCGCCAAUGUUCCGAAUGGGCAAAGAUAAAGAUGGAUUUAAUAUUGGAAAAUACAAUAAUUUCCAAGAAGUAUUUGGCGAAAAUAAAAAGCUUUGGUUUCUUCCUGUAUUUACAAGUCUUGGAAAUGGAGUGGUCUAUCCAGUACGCGCACAACAUCAAGUUCCGAAUACUUACAACUCAAUGGGCAGUACGCAAAACAGGUGUGACCUUGAGAUGAGAAUGGUAGAAGAAGCAACUAUUCUUGCCUUUGGUGCUGGUACUGCUGUUGUAGGACCUUUAGUGGAAGCCAGCCAACCUUUGGUGAAUUCGAUCGAAAUUGUUUGAAAUUCAUUUUAAAUAUUCAGCAUCAAAUACCAAUUUUUUUCGUGUGUAUCAUAAUGAAAAUUUCCUAUAUCUUUUAUAGCAGCUAAUCAAUCUUUACAUUUUUUAAAUUAAGAUAUUACUUAACAAUACGAUUAUUAUAAAUUUUAUUUGUAAAAGUGAUUUUGUUUUUUAAUUGAACAAACUCAGAAUUAAUUAGUUUUUUUACUUUCUAUAAAAAAUUC